AUGGCCGUUGCGCAAAGGCUCCUCGUCAGUAUGUCCUGCGAGGCCGGCACGCCGCACUGGACGCUGACCGCGGUGGUUCUCCUGGGCUUUCUGCUGGGGAUCGUGUCAGCGUACCCUUUACCAAGCAGCAGGACAAAUGCAACUUUACUGGAGAAACGAUGGGAGACCCUCUUCUCGCGCUCUGUACUGGGGAUCUCCGGAGAGAAACCGGAGCUGAAUUGGGAGAGUGACUAUCUGCUGGGCAUCAAAAGAGUGCGGAGGCUCUACUGCAACGUGGGCAUCGGGUUUCACCUUCAGAUCCUCCCCGACGGCAGGAUAAACGGUGUACAUAAUGAAAACCAGUACAGUCUAAUAGAGAUCUCUACGGUGGAGAGAGGAGUGGUGAGCCUAUAUGGGGUGAAGAGUGAGCUGUUUGUCGCAAUGAACAGCCGUGGGAGGUUAUACGGAACGACAGUCUUCCAUGACGAGUGCAAGUUCAAGGAGAGCUUGCUCCCGAACAAUUACAACGCCUACGAGUCUCUGGUUUACAGAGGAUCCUACAUAGCACUCAGCAAGCAUGGCCGCGUCAAGAGGGGCAACAAGGCCACUACUGCCAUGACUGUAACGCACUUCCUACCCCGAAUAUGA